UGUCACUGUCAGUCAUAAAGUAAUCUGUCACUUCGGAGUCGAGAAAAUUUUGAUUCAAUUUCUUCUAUUGAGAUUUGAGAUAAAUAAAGAGAAAAUGACCGUUCGUUUUUCCGGAGCGCUCAAGGAGCUGCGAAUCCACUUAUGCCAAACCAGUUCCCAGUCGGCCGGUGUGAGAGAGUUUAUACAGAAGUACUAUGUGUCACUAAAAAAAGAGAACCCCGACUUUCCCAUGCUAAUUCGUGAAUGCAGUGGCAUCCAACCUCGUGUUUGGGCUCGAUAUGACAAAGGUAGUGAGAAAAGUGCUGCACUUACAAACCUAUCUUCAAAUGAUGUCUUAUCGACCAUCAAGCAGUUAGUUAAAUGAAUUAUUUUGUUGAAUGAAUAUAAACUUGAAAAUUAUUGUGUAUAAGUUUAAUAAAUGCAUAGGCAAUAUAGAUAAUUAUUUAUGAUUUUAAAUAAAACACAAAACUUGUUUUGUUAA